AUGAUAAAUAAUAAUUAUUAUAAUCAUAAUCAAAUCCAAAAUCAAAGUCAAAACCACAACAGAGGUAUAGUAGAUAAUAGGAUUAAUAGUAAUAAUAGUUUAAGUAUCAGAGACAGCAACGGCAGAAACAGAGAUAAUGGCUGCGAUAUUAAUAAUUAUAAUAAUAGUAAUAAUAAUAAUAAUAAUAAUAAUAAUAAUAAUAAUAAUAAUAAUAAUAAUAAUAAUAAUAAUAAUAAUAAUAAUAAUAAUAAUAAUAAUAAUAAUAAUGAUAAUAAUAAAUUAAAAUUAAAUUAA